AUGGCAUUCGAAGUAACUCGUUUUUGGUUAAAAGAAGUAUGCAUUAAACGUUGGUAUAUAUUUCCAUUUAUUGCUUAUUCAAUAUUCGUUCAUAAACAUGAAAAUCUUCGACAAGAUUAUUUUCGUAAUCGAAGUCAAUUAGUUGGUGGAAUGAAAGAACCCAACUGGGAAAUGUAUAAUUGUAAAUUAUUUGUUCAACAAAAUAAGAAAUUUGAAAUAAUUUUAAUGUUGGAAAGUUGA